ACACACAGAUCAUCAGCAUUACUGGAAUCUUGUGUAGACGCUGAGAUCUGGUUGCCUUCCCCCACAAAGAGUUGAUUCUGGAGCAUAAUAACUUUGGUCAAAUAAAAAUCAAGUUGUGGUUGGGAGAAAAUUGCUCUUGACGAUGAGGUUUGCAAGUGGAGACUAGGGGGGAAUCAGUGCUGCUUUUGAUGCAAUGUAGAUUGAACCCAUCACCUGUUCUGAAGAAUUUACUACAAGAGAUACAUGUCUCGUGUGAGAGGGGAGUUGUGAGACAACCUGACAUCUGUAUUGCCAAGAGCAAGAUUCAUAGACUGAGGGAAAAGCUAAAGGAAAGUGCAGGUCUUGUUGUGAUGUCAUCGAGGGUAGAAACCGAGAGUAGACUUUACCAGGAGGCGUGCUGGAGUAAUGACCACUGUCAAAGGAUAUCAUGGAAUGCCUGGUUUCUUCAAGUUGUCUAGAGGGAUUUUAAGGUGUGAUAGAGUUGUGCUGCAGCUACCCUCGGAGUGCAGAUAGCUGGUAGCCAGUUGGAUGAUUGCAGCAUCCAACCAAAGAUGGGCAGUUAAUGAUCCACCUCUCGUCCUUUUCUCCAAUCAGACCGAGAGCUUCACCUCAAUAUCAUUCACCGUUUGUAGAGAAUAGAUACAUGUACUUUCAAAGACACUCAAAUUGAAAGAGCCACAAUAUUGGACCGAUAAGGUUGUAUUCUUUAAUGAUUGGUCAGUGAUCCAGGAUCUUGUCCUCUUCUCCAAGCAGACCCAGAGUUUCAAUGGCCACCUUGACUUCAUGCUCUGUUUGUUGAGAGUAGACCUUUUUCGAAGGCCUUGAAGUCGCAAGAUUUUUAAAUACAGAUUAGGUAGUGUAUUGGUCAGUACUUUUUAUCCUGAACUACAUUUAGUGGAAAAAAGCAGCGGUUGCGUAUCUGGCAUCUCAUGGACGCUUCUCGACAUCACACAGUUUAGUUGUGCACCUCGGCCUUGCAAGUAAAAGAAAGUACCCCCCAUCAUAACUGAAGAUUGAGCACAAAGUAGUUAUUUCCAAACCACCUGACACUCAUAUGAUCUCAAGAUUUUAUUUAGCAGCCAAACAUACCUCAACUGCCAACCGCUGUGUCAAGGAAGUGGUUUGAAUAGAGUCAGGGAGAUUCAAUGAAGACAAUGUCACAAACAUGUGUUGUCGUAGAAGUGGUUACGUUCAACUACAAGGCAGCUGGUAUGGUGUUCAUGGUUCGACCGAGGCCCCAUCAUACAGCAGCUGUGCCUCUCCGUCCAGACCCAGUUUCAUCACGCCAAGGAUAUAAAGACAUGGUAGCAGAAAGAAAACCUCCUUUUGUACGGGAUCCUUUAACCCUCUCAGUGGACUUCAUGGUGAGGUAUGUUGGUAUGAUCGCCUCAGCUCAGGGUCUACAACAUUCACAAGAAGACCACCUUGAUCUCAUCCAAGCCCUUGACCAAGCACAGAUGGAUGGUCAGUUCAAGUUUGCUGAGACCGAUCAGGACUUUGUCACGUUGAAUCUCUCCAAGUAUGGCAUCAAGAUUUUAGAGAAGAUUCCCCAAGAUAGAUUUCAGAUUCCACCCGGUAUCAGACCGCCACAGGUUGUUAGAUGGAGACAUGGCCUGGUAGAAAUCAUCCGAGCUGUUCACUAUGAAGAUAGUUUAGGGAGACAAUUGAUGGCAGUCAAGCUCGGUCAGGAAGGAGAAGAACUUUAUGACUGUCUCCUAUUUGAAUGUACUCACCAGCCCCAAGCAACACAGAUUUGCAAGUGCCUUGAACUGCUAUUCAAUGCUGUGUGCCAGUUUACACCACUGUGACACAUCUUGACUCUUUCCUGAGGGUUCCUAGCUGUAAAGUUAAGCUUGGUGUAUGUGAUAACAACUACUUCACCAAUCCAUGUCAUCUUGCCCUACACUCAUUUGUAGUGUAAUAGUUGAUGUUUUAUGUAUUACCAUCAUCGGAGCCUUCUGUGACACCAAUCCAGUUACACUCUACUCCGGUGUUAGUGUCAGAUUCAUUGUGUACCUUGACAAGACACCUUUAUCUACUAUGGUGUUCCUGGACAUUUCUUCAAGAUUGGUGUUACAUUAGUCCAUUUCACUUCUUCCUUAACACUCUGCUCUGGUGUUUGAGCCUGCUGAUGUAUUAUUGAGGAUCCUGACACGAACCAACUCAUCUGACAAUGCCGACACCAAGACUAACACCAUAGAAAACAGUAUUACUUGCGAUACAUGUAGCUUUAUUUUAUAUUCCUUAUUCUAUCACCUCGUGUCUUAGCUCAUCUUUAGUGCUUCCAACCAAUUGCGCUUCCAGUUUCUGCAAGUGUAGUAGAAAACACUUGACGAUUCGAUCUUCCAUGUAUGAGAAAAGUUUAAUAAUGUCAUAAAUAAUUCAUUUUCAAGCAUCACCCAAUUAUAUGUGAUGCGUCUAUCAAACAGCCUGAAUCUGGCUGCAUGUAUAUGGUUUGUUCCAUGUGUAUUCAUCAUGCCUUUUACUUAAAAAUCUCAGCCAAACCUUGCUCAAUAUAGGGGAGUGUUUCGUGAUGUCAUUUUCACUGACAGAAUGUUUAUAAGCUACUGUAACACUGUUGAAAAUGGGUGAUCACGGAGAAACCAAGGAUAGUAGUUUCAAUUGUAUAAUGCUUUUAAUUUGUGUUUCUAAAUUCUGUACUUAUUCAAAGUAAACUGAAAUCUCAAAUAAUGGUUAUUGUUAGGCAGUGUGACUAUUAUGCUUGACUUGCUGAAGUUAAAUCUCAUGCGGGAAGACCUCAGAAAUUCACCUGAAAAGAUGUAAUCUCACAUUUUACGUAUUCUCGUCCAAAAAAAGUGUUUGACUUUGACGAUUAAUCAACCCAAUGGCCCAUAUUCUGGAGUCGGGUUUAAAUUAAACUCAGGUUUAAAAUUGUGGUCUAAGUAUGGGUAGCCAAUUGUUACAUAAAUCACUAACAGUAGAGAUAGCAUACUUCAGCUCAUUUGGCUCUCAAAUCAUUCAUAAUUGUCUAGCAAGUAUAAAUAGAUGAUUGUCUUCACCAUCGAUGAAUCAGGAAAGAGCACAGUAAAUAUGAGAAACAUACAACUUAAUAAAAAUUUUGAUACUUUUUGGCUUCCCAUACUUAAACCACAACUUUAAACCUGAGUUUAAGUUAAACCUGCCAUCAGAAUACGGGCCAAUAAGGUUAUUUUCUGCAGACUCUGCUGAAUAUUGGAAAGUUGGACAAUUUGUCUUCUGCUUAAGCAAAUUUUUGCCCAUUUAAAUGAAGCAACAUUGACAGUAUAAUGGGUACCUCUAUCCUGUCACACAAUGCAAAAUAUGAAAGAGCAAUUUUGAUUUGUCCCUGCUCGGUGUUGUCAUCAAUACUGGCAUACAACACUGAUUUUCAUUGGCUAAGGCCAUUAUAGUGAUAAGAACAGACCUUUGUGUUACAAGAUCCUUGUUUAUAUUUGUAAGAAUAAUAUGUACAUGUACCCUUGAGUUUGGUGAUCACGGGUAAUUUGGAGAUCAGCACAACACUAGACCUAAAAUGUAGUUGGUUCUUGGAUGAAUCUCACAAGGUGUAAAUUAAACCUUUCUGAACCUUCAGAAGUUUACACCGGCAGGGCAGUAGACUGUGUAACGCCAGGCUGCUCAGCUGUCAUAUUUUUCAUGUCAGAAUCCACUGACUUCCAAGAUCCGAUUAUUCUUGGAAAGAAUGUUUGUUGAUUUAUCAUCAAUGUACUUUGAUGUGAUGGGAACGUUGUGGUGUAGUGGUUAUGAUUCAUCUUUCAAUCUGAGGGAUUUAGAUUCGAUUCCCAGCCUUUGCUUUUUUUCCUUCAGCAAGAAAUUUACCCACAUCAUGCUGCAGUCAACCCAGGUGAGGUGAAUGGGUACCCGGUAGGAUUAAUACCUUGAAAGCAUUGAGCACUCGAAGGUAGCUCUAGACUAGCUAAAUCCGGGGUAAUAAUGAUAAUAGAAAUACUUCUUUGAACAGAUUAUUUUUUGAUAGAUUUGCCAACAAAAUGCCUAUUAUUUUUAUUUGGCUCAAGUGUUUUUUAGGGCAUGUAAGGUGUUGAUGCUAGGGAAGGGAGUGUUCUGUGCUUCUAACACCAAUACUAACACUGAACUUGAAAUCUCCCAUUUACUUAGAUGUCCCUUCACCUUGUAUUUGUGUUGAGACUUGAAAAAGUGUAAAUAUGAUCGAGAAGUACUCUAGUAAACUUGUAAAUAGUUGUUCUUUAUUGAUUGAAAUGUACAUUGUAAUCAUGAAUGCUACUUAAACAUAUUCAAUUCACAUAAUAUUCUUCUUUGUGAAAAUAUAUUGGUAAAUUAUUACGUGUUGCUAGAUAUAUCUUUAUUUUUUAUGAAUAUAGAACAAUUUACUAUGGUAGAAUUGAAUGUGUGCUUGAUAGUUAUUUGACAGAAAGUCUGAAAUAUUCAAGAUAAUUUAAAGGGGAAGUUCAUCAUGGAAUUUUUUUUGGGUAAAAACAGCAGAAAAUAUAAUGAAAAAUAUUGGUUAAGGUUUGAAGAAAAUCCAUCAAUGAUAUCAAAAGUUAUUAGAAUGAGAAUUUUUUGUAUUUGUGACCUCCCAUGUCAUUUCCUCAACAAAUUUAAAAUGGUUUUAUUUGUUCCUUCAAUAUGUCUGCAGCCAAAUUUUUCACACCCACUCCAGAAAGAACAGAAUUUUAUAGUCUUCAACUGAAAUUUAUGCAUUUUGUAAAAUACACAACAUACAUGUAUGGGGCAGCUGCUCGUAUGUGACGUCACAAAUCCAAAUCUUAAAAUUCUAUUAACUUUAUCUUUGCUGGAUUUUCCUCAAACCUUCACCAAUAUCUUUGAUCAUUUUUUGGGGGGGUAUUUUUACAAUGUAUUUUUCUUCCAGGUGAGCUUCCCGUACAUUGUUUUAGGAGCUAGAAUGGUGCUUUUAUGCAGAUGUAGUAGUUUGUAUCCAUUUUAUUUUUGUACCCUUUUUGCCGAAGGCUCCCCUAUCUACUCAGUGUGGCAUAUCUUAAUGAAACAGUACCCAUGAUUUCAUCAUAGGAGGGCGCUGUUCUGUAAAAUGUUUCUAAGCUACAGCCAGCUUCAUGCAUAACUGGCGUCACUUUCUUGUGCUAAUAUGAGAUACACAAAAUAAGGACAUGGAUUAAUCAUUCAAAGUGCCAAAUCCAUUUUCAAUGAGGUAUUCAAAAGGAUGGGAAAACAGGGCUUUGGGACACCCAUUAUCAUUAAAAAGGGCAUCAAUAAUAAAUGUUCGUCUCAAUGGGACACAUGCACUGGGUUACUGUACACUGGGUAGCAUGGCCAUAGGCAAAAACUGUACUUAUUUUGGCUUUGAGUGUAAACAUAUUUGGAAGGGCAUCAAGGAAAUUUCUCAGGGCAUCGAAGGCCUUUCCCUUAGGUGGUCUUCAGUUACUUUGAACCCCACUAUUUUGCCCCUAUUCUUAAGGACAUAAUUCCACAGUUGUUUGUGCGCAUCAUGAUCGCAUGAUGCGCAUAUUUUACAUGUGCUGACGUCACAAUGGAUGAACAGGUGAUUAAUCAGCUGUAGGUUUGAGCCGAUUUUUCUCAUUGUCUGCACUCUAACUGCAGAUCCAAUGUGUCAUUUUAUGAAGCUAAUAAACUGGAAUUGUUCCAUGUUCACUUCUAUUAAUCUAUUUUAUAUCUGAUCAUUGUGAUAACGAUAUACAUGUAGGUUACAUGACAUUCUUCAAUUAUAUCAUGAUGUGAUCGUGCCAAUUCAAAUCACUUCCUGAAUUUGUGAUUCUGCAAUUACAUCAUUUUUUAAUCCAUUAUUUGAUUGAGUAAAAAGAGUAUGCAUUCUUUCAUUCAAUGAAAUGAUUUAUACUUGUAUAUUAUUUUAUACACUGCAUAGCUAAUUGUUGUGGAAUCCAGCGAGUUACCAAUUUGUUGUUUUACCAAUUUUGAAUUGCACUAUUCAGUUUAAAUGAAUCUUAUUGUGAUAUUAUGUUACUAUGAAUGUCUGUAUCAAUGUCUUCCAAAGAAUUGCCUUCCAUGGGGGGGGGGGGGGGGGUGUUUCACAAAGAUUAAUUGUGACUUAGAGUCAUGCUUAAAUGUCACCGCAUUGGUCAAAUCAUGCCGAACGGACGCAUGCUAUCGUGUUGAUGUCUUAAAGAGAAGUACAUACAGAGGGGAAGUUCAUUCUUCAAUACUUGAUAUUGUUGUUAAUGUUUGAUUGUAGUACAAGGCCUUUUUCAAGGUUGGAUAUUUUUAAAUACCAACUUAAGGAUUUCAGUGCCAUCUUAAUUAGUUAUAUACCAAUUAAAAUUAUUUAAAGUCUGUAUUAAAUGAUAAAAGACACAAGAAA